GCGGGAGGUUGCGUGAUUGCGAGGGUGUUGUGCGCUGACGCAGUUCAACGCAUUCACCCCUCGCAAGUUUGCCCUGCCGGCGGGCAUAUCCCGCUACUUCCUCGUUAUUGUCAGGAGAUAAAGGCCUGGAGAAACAUCAUUGGGCUAGGCUGUGCGUAUAGUUGUAAGGUAUAUACCGAUGAAAUCGUAUUGGUGAACUGAUCUCUAAUUGAAAACGGUAUAGUUGAUUGUCGCAGUGUUAUUGUUGUCCUCAUUGUUGUUGCAUCUGAGUGACGUACAACGUAUAACAUCUUCGAUAUGUCUGGCGACAGGGACUAUAUUGGAUUUGCGACUUUGCCGGAGCAAGUUCACCGAAAGUCUGUGAAAAGAGGAUUCGAAUUUACGUUAAUGGUUGUGGGCGAGACUGGCCUGGGUAAAUCAACACUGAUAAACAGUCUCUUCCUUGGGGAUCUCUACAAAGAUCGUCGAAUUCCCGACGCUCUGGAACGUGUCGAGAAAACUACAACGGUUGAAAAAAAAACUAUGGAUAUCGAAGAACGCGGAGUGAGACUUCGACUAACGAUUGUUGACACGCCAGGAUUUGGCGAUUCUGUAAAUUGUGAUGACACGUGGAAGGCCUGCUCAGCUUACAUAGACGAACAAUUCCGUCAGUAUUUCACAGACGAAAGUGGAUUGAAUAGAAAAAAUAUCCAAGACAACAGAGUGCAUUGCUGCCUGUACUUCAUACCGCCGUAUGGCCACGGCUUGAGACAAAUGGACUUGGAAGUAAUGCGACGAUUGCAUCGGAAGGUGAAUAUAGUACCGGUUAUCGCAAAAGCGGACACGCUCACAGCCCACGAAGUUAAAAAGCUGAAGGAGAGAAUUUUGGCCGACAUAGACGAACACGAAAUCCAGAUAUACCAAUUUCCGGACUGCGACAGCGACGAGGAUGAGGAUUUCAAGCAGCAGGACAAAGAGCUGAAGGCCUGCACCCCGUUUGCUGUUAUCGGAAGUUCAACGGUCCUCGAGGUUGCCGGAAGAAAAGUACGCGGUCGACAGUAUCCCUGGGGUGUGGUUGAAGUCGAAAAUCCGAAACACAGCGAUUUUGUGAAGCUACGUACUAUGCUGAUAUCAACUCACAUGCAGGACUUGAAAGACGUAACGCAGGACGUGCACUAUGAGAACUUUCGCGCCCAGUGCAUAUCGCAAAUUUCGCAACAAGCGAUACGCGAACGGAGCAAACUUAAACGGGACUCCGGACCGCACUUUGAGCACAGUAUAUCCGACACGGAUAGGCUGCUGUUGCAAAAAGACGAGGAGAUACGCCGUAUGCAAGACAUUCUCGCCCAGAUGCAGGAAAAACUUAAGGCAACAGGGCAAGGGGGUGGAAUUGGAAUGCGCAGCCGCGUUGGAAGUCUCGGUAACGACUUGGAUGUCACGGAUGCUGAUAAGAAGCGAAACAGCAUCAUCGACGUGUAGAGACGACCCUCCACUAUAUACAGUAAGCGCCCAUGUAUGAUUAUUAUAAUAAUUGAAUAGACCUGUACAAUACGUGUGUACAUCAUGUAUAUACGUACCUACUAUAGAGUUGUGCGUAUGCAUGUGUAUGUUAUUUGAAUUAGUAAAAUUGAGUAAGAAAUUUCAUUUCUUCGUAUAAGAAUAUAAUAUAUCACGAACGAAGAAUUUUCAAACUUCAUUUGGGAUAUUAUGCGUAGUAAACUAUCAUUAUUUGAGCUCUAAAAGUAUUUUGCAGAACUCAAGUAACGCUAUAGUUGGCUCAAAUUAAUGUAUGGAUGAUUAUUUGUGUACUUAAUUCUGAACCGAACGCACAAUGUUCAAGUAUUAUAUCUUAGCACAGUGGUGCACAGGUAUGCAGUGUAAACCAGGCUAUAGUAAAGGUUCAUUCACAAAAUAUAUACGAUAAAAAAAAAAAAGUAAGUAAAUCUUCGAGUGAUAAUGUCAACGGAAGUAUUAUAUUAUACAGGUACAAAUAAAUUUUUGAAGCGUGUUAGACAUAAUAUGGACGAUUAUAACGUAUCCGACCGUUUUUCUGAUCUAGAAAUAUAAUGUAGUAGAUAUAAUUAUAGUCGCGACUAAGUACCCGUUCAAUUUGUACAAUAGACCGUAAGAACGACUGAGGAAUUGUUUUGAGAUAUAUUCAUUUAUUGUUAUAAUUAAUAAUAUUUUAUUGUGAUAAUUCUUGUACUUAACAAUAAAUAUAAUAUUAUGUACGGA